AUGGCCGAGAUCGCUCAAGUUGUUGGACAUAAUUUUCCAAAAGAGAGGAUUUCCCAACAAGAACAUGUGGUGGUCAAGGGUGGUAGAGGGUCGGAUGAGGUUCAUAAAUGGGUGGUUGCUCAGAAGGAUAGUAGAGUAGGUCUUGCAAAUUUAGAGAACCCUGUCGUGUCUGUGGAUAAUGAUAAAGACCCUCAAUUCCCUCAUCCUUCUGCACCGGAUAAUGUUGGUAUAAUAGAGCAUAAUACUAUGGAGAUGGAUACUACAUUAUUAGAAGCAUCGACCUCAGUUAAUAUGGGUAUUGACCAGGCGGAAAGGAAUGGAGAUGUGGAGGGCCCUGUGGAUGACCCUAUGAGGGUGGUUUCGCCAAAUUUUAGAAGGGCUGUUAAUGAAUAUAGAAGGUUUUAUAAAAUUGAUGUGAUAGCCUUAUUGGAGACUCCUGUUUCUGGAUCCCAAGCUUAUAAAAUUUGUAAAGAUUUGGGAAUCAAGCCUACUUGGGGUUCUCCUUGGAUUGUUAGCUUUGUAUAUGGGAGUCCCAACACUGGCCUUAGACGCUUAUUAUGGGAGGACCUUAGACUUUCUUGUUUGAAUAUGGAUGAGGAGUGGGUGGUAUUGGGAGAUUUUAAUGCUAUGGUCUCUAUGGAGGAACAAUAUGGGUAUCGUACUUAUAAUGCCAGUGGGUAUGAAGGGGUGCCUUUUACUUGGAGUAGGAGUGAUGGGAGAGAUGAUAUUAAGAUGGAUAGAUUGGAUAGAGGAGUAUGCACAACGGCUUGGCGGUGGAGAUUUGCUGAGGCUAGGAUUGUUCAUCCUCCUAAAUUCCAUUCGGAUCAUUGCCCUAUUAUUUUAUCUUUAGGAGAGCAACCUUUGCCAAAUGGUAAUUUCUUCUGUUGCCAAGCGGCUUGGUUUGCUCAUCCUGAUUUUGUUGAUUCUAAUAGAGAGGAAUUUGGAAAUAUUUUUGCUAAGAAACGUCGGCUUUUGAGGAGAAUUGAAGGGGUACAGCGUGCUCUUGCUUUGAACGGGUACCCUCCUAAUUUAGUCAAGCUAGACUUUCUUUUACGUCAGAAGAUGGAGGAGGUUUUAAAACAGGAAGAGCUCUAUUGGUUCCAACGAUCAAAGGAAGAAUGGAUUGUCUCUGGUGAGCGAAACACUAAAUUCUACUAUCUGGCUGCUAAAGUUAAAAAGAAGAGAAAAUUAAUUUCGGCGCUUCAAGACUCUAAUGGGCAGUGGGUGACUGAUGAGGCUUCGUUAGAAAAUUUGGUUGUUCAGUUUUAUAAGGGCUUAUUCACUAAUGAUUCGACUUAUGUGUUGUCUAAUCUUGAAGGCAUUGCUUGUCGUCGAAUCCCUGAGGAGCUUCAUACUGACCUUGAUAAACCGUAUCAGAAAGAGGAAGUGGCUUGA